AUGGGACAUAUAGCAUAUUUGAGUCGAAAAGAAACUUUCUCUGCUGCACAUCGCUUACAUUCACCAUAUUUAACGGAAGAAAAAAACAAAGAGUUAUACGGAAAAUGCAAUAAUCCCAAUGGACAUGGGCACAAUUAUACAGGUAUGGUUCAAAAAGUUCCAAAUUUACCCGUCGAUCCUCAUACAGGCAUGGUAAUGAAUAUAACCGAUCUGAAAAAAUGUAUGAGAGUCGUAUUGGAUGAAUUGGAUCAUAAAAAUUUGGAUCUUGAUGUUCCUUAUUUUACAAGCUGUCCGAGUACGACUGAAAUGUUGGCAGUUUUCAUAUGGGAUAAUAUGCGAAAGCACUUGCCAAAGGGUAAGUAUGAAUUAUAUGAAGUAAAAAUCCAUGAGACCGAGAAUAAUGUUGUCAUAUUUCGAGGUGAACUUUCUUCAACUGAAGAUGUGCCAUAA